AUGUUGAGAAUCCUAUCGAAAACCGCCUCAUCCACGGCCAGGAUCGGCGGAUCCGCCACCUCCGGCUGGUGCGACGACGUCGAUCUGUCCACGUGGGAGCUCGUCAGCGCGUCUCAGUCCGACGACGAGGACCUCUACUCCUUCGAUGGGGAUGACGUCACCAGCGAUGGCGACGAAGACGGAGACGACGUCAUCGUCGCCGAAGGGGUGGAGCCCGAGCCCGAACUCGACCCGAUCCGAUCCAACCACGUGCUCUUGACUCCGUGUGACGCCUGGGUGCUUGUACGGCAAGCACGGCUUUGGCGUGCAGCACUCCUUCAUCUAGCAGGGGCAAAAUCGGUUUCCAUAAUUGCAGAAAGGCCCAGGCCCAGCCACUCUUCAACCUUGCAAUAUUCUAGAGUGCUCAUUGACUUCUUUUAG